AUGGAAUUGCCCCCUCAGCUCAGAUUCAAAAUAUAUAAAUCCAUAUUAGACUAUUUGAUACCGGAGGAGAAAAUAGAUUUUAAAUAUCUUUUCCUUUGCAGAUUGUAUGUUCAAGCGAAAUAUGUAGGCGGUAUUAAAAACUUGAUGGAUUUUAGAUCCUUAUAUAAUCCCUUCAAAUUUUAGACUGUUGUUUUUGGAAAAGAAAAAUUUCCAGAUUUGUGAGGUUGAUCCUCCCAUUUUAUUCAGCGACAUCCCUUAAAAAUUCUUUGAUCAAUAGCGAUUGCCAUUGAAUUAGAGAUAGCAUUUCACUAAACUUAAAGCUAAUAGAAAAUCUUAGGUUUAAGAUUAAACGUGCCUCAAAUUUAGGGAGUUUUGGUCUCAUAUCAUAAUAGAAAUGGGCAAUGAUGACAUCAAGAGAUUUUAGGCCUUCCUCUUGAAAUUGCCUGAAUAACAUUAGAUUCCAGUCCAAUUGAGGUUGUAGCAGAAUCUCUUGCAAAACCACCAAGAAAUUAGUGAUUAUUAUAAGGGAGACAUAAUAAGAAAAAAAAUAUAAAUAGUGAGUCAAGAGCAGUUUUGGAAUCACUAAAAGCCGAUUCAGGAGAUGAAGAGGAAUCUAAUCUGCGAAUGUCAGAAUGCAUACACCAACCACUUGGAUGCUGUACUAUAGGAGCUGAUGUCUUAUUGCAGCAUUUACAAAUUGAGUCCCAACGAUAAGCUCAAAUAUGUUGAUUAGCUUCAAAUGGUUAAUGACAUCAGACUCAACACAGAACAAGAUGACAAUCCCUACAUGAGAAACCGUCCUCCCAAGAAGACCAAGGGGAAAGAGUAGACCUAAGCGAAUAAGUACGGAGAUGAAAAGGGAGCUCAACAUUAGUCCUACGUCUAGUCGUUCAAGAAUAUUCAUGAAUAAUAAUUAAUUAAUACAGAGUUGGGAAAACAGUACAUCAAGACCUUUGGACUGAAAAUUAUCGAUGAACUUGCAUGUAAUUGUUAGUUAAAUUAAUUAGAGCAGAAGAGCUUCAAUUUGGUGAACGAUUACAAUUACGAUGAGGAAGCCAUAGGUAAAUUAUUUAAAUUAAUAUAAAAAUAGCGAUUAGCGGGUUGAAAACAAUGUAGCAAGAUCCCAUGAAUGAAGAAGUGAUUUGUAAAUAAUUAUAUCAUAAUUAAGAUCAAAGAGCACAAGGAACCAUACUAGAUCCCUCGUUCCCUGGCCAACUCGAAUUGGAAAAUGAUGGAGUCCAACUUGAUGAACAACCCAAAUCAAAGGUCAAAGUACUUCAAAAGACAGCCCCACUUAUCAAAAAAUCAUACGCAACCAAUUCCGAGUGGGAAAGAGAUCGAAAUUACAUUCUCCAAUCCAUCAACUCAUUCGAUUAUGACAAAAAAUUUACUAGUAAUUUCAAUCGUAAUUAUUUUACAAAGAGGUUGACAUCUAUCAAGCAAUUAAGGAAGACUACAAAUUGAGCUUCAAAAUUUCAGUAAGUGCCAUCAAGAGACAGGAGGAGAGAGAAAAAGAUUUCUAUGCAGAAGUCAGAAAAGUCUACUCAAAUGUGAGAAGAUUACUUUAAUAUUUGUUUGAAGGCUUGGAAUAGAAAAAAAGCGAAUAGCAAAUGAAAGAGUACACCGAAACACUCAAAGAAGAAAUCAAACCCAUUAGAAACAAAAUUAAUUAGCUAUAAACCAGUGCCACAGAAAAGGACAAGUUUAAAUCCCUCUUGUAUGAAGAUUUACAAAAAUAAAUUGAAAUGGCCAUAAAUGAGACUAUCUAUAAAUGA